AAGAAAAACCAAACGCCAGAAAAGUAUAAUUGCAAGCAGAAGAAAAAAAUGGUGAUGCAGAUAAAGGUGCAGUGAACACAGUGAAAAAUAAUAAACAGUGGCCAAUGAAUGACCGAAAAAAAGAAUAAAACGGUGUUUUGAGUUUUUGAUGCAAAUGUUUACCGAAAGUAUUUUUUUAUUAAAUUGCUUAUUUUUUAAAUUGAUCAUUUGCUUGUGCACCGUGUACACCCGGCUUAAGACACGAAGACACGCUUCGGCUCCACGUGCAAGUACGAUCGUGUGCGAAUAUGAUCAAAACAAAACCAGCGUUAAUCGAACUUAAAACACACACAAACUAGUACGAAGAAAGCUUUAAGCGCCACGCACGCAUUCGGCAAACGAUCGUGCCCGACGAACAAGCGACGAACCUCCCCUUCGAUGAUCGAAAGCUUUCGAACGAUGGGGUCGGGCUGCAUGCAGCAUACAGAGAGAAAAAAAAACACACACACACACAAAGAAACUUACCCCAAGCAUAACGCUUCUGCCUCCAGAAGUCACAUGGCGUUGAACGGGUGUACCAAACAGCUGUUAAAAGCAGGUCUGUAUGGAGCUGAAAGAAAUGCAAACCCACCGGGGAGUCUUUCUCGGUGUGCGCGUGUUUUGUGUGCAUAUAUAAGAGGUAUGAGUGGGGGUUGGGGGGCAGGAGUGUAAGUGCAAAGCUGCCACUUACGCUUGAGCAGCGUCUCUGUAUGGGUGCAUGUUGUAGCCACCAGUGCAGUCGUGAAGUAUAGUGGGAGUCAGCAGGUCUUCGCACAGCAGGAAAGCUCCGAAAAAUGGCUCCAAAGCGCAAGCAAAACGGGCUGGCCGGGAGGGGGUGUGUGAAAGAGACGGCACUGGCAUGUUUACGGGCAGAAAUGUAGGUCUCCCCCCGAUUCGACCCGGGCCCGUUUGGUUUGGUGCGUUUGCCGCAGACGAACGAAAUAAACAGAAAAAUUACCGUAAACAGCUCUUCAGUUAAACCGCGAACGCUAAUCGGAACAGUUCGCAACGCCGUGUUGCGCUGCACGGCGUGAGAGUGAGGCCAAAGCAUUUUUGAGAAGAUUUAAAAGACGGUACACAGAAAAAAAAACCUCCAAACACAUAAUUUCUACGUGUUGUUUUUCGGUGGAAGAAAAGUGUUCCUACCAGAGAAGAAAUCAAAUUUGUUCUACCUUUUCCACCAGAACACCUGAGUAGCAAAUCAAAUCGAAAAACGCUCUACUGCCAAUUGUUUCACUGGGUUUAUUACAUUCAAACGAAGAGUUCUUGGAGUAUUUUUUUUUUGCUUCCACUUUGCCGGAAAUCAUAGCAAAAGCUGUGUAAAUCGAAUUGUUUCAUCUUUCCAGCAGGGAUUGUGUCCCCGUUUAUCAUCCAUUUCGUCGCCACAAAAACUCGUCGUAUCAUCUUCAAUCGUUUGCACGUCGAGCAGACAUUCCUUUUGCUGCUUACCGGUGUUCGGUUGCGGCAACGAUCAAGUUCACAGUAAGUUUCCUCCAGCAAGAGCAGAAUCCCAUGACACAGCAGCAGUGAGUGGCUAAAUUUGUGGUGAACUACCACUACUUCCUCUCGUCCUUUUUCUGUUGGACACCGGCUGAUAUACGGAUCAUCUGGAAUCCGUUGGGCAGCGAUUGUGGCGAAAGUGUUACCGUACGAAAAAAACCCAAAAAGCUCGUUGUGUGAUUAAAUCAAGUGAUUUACCUCCAAAACCAAUUCCAUCUUCAGUUGUGAUGUGCAAGAAUCGAUUUACCUAAAAUGUUCACCACACGUAGCGCGUAAUGGAACCGGAUAUCAUCUUCGUUUGGUGAAAUUGUGCGAUUUUUUGGUGAAAGGUUUCGCCGUUCGACGGCAGGCUGCAUGAAAGUGGUACAAUCCGGCUAAAGUUAACCUUCAUAAGGUGACACAAGCAAUUCACCGUGAGCAUUUCCCAUAAGUGUCAUCUCUCCAAUAUCCCGUGCGUGUCUGUGUUUGUGCGUUAAUGUGCUUUGUAUGUGUGCGUUACGUGUGUUUGUGGGUGUGAUUCAUUAACAAAAUUUUCACAAGCUACCGUGAAAUUGUUUAACACCGUUCAAUUGCUAAAACCCACUACGAAAGAAACGAUCAGUCAAGGGUGCUAAGUGAUUGAUCAACGUAACCGUACAUCGAGCCCAAACUAAUUCUUCACCCAGUUUCGACGAUCGACAUGGAUUAUUUGCUUCGCUAUCGCAGGAUGACUGUUCCGAAAAGAUAUGCUGAAUUCGUUGCACUGAUUGCAAUCUCGUGCACCCUGUUCCUGUUUCUGCACACCCAAAGCUUGACGUCACGGUUGCGCGAAAUGGAGGAUCGACUGCAACCUCCAUCCUCGCUGUCGGCUGCCAGUGGUUUGAGUGGUAAUUCAAUUAGCCAAGUUUCGGCCGGAGCUAACCAAAGCCAUCAUCCGGAUGUGCAACAGCACCAUCAUCACGAGCUGAUUGGCAAUCUGCAUCAUACGUACAACUAUCUUAAAAGCACCGGACAGAUGCAAAGUCUAAAAGCGACAGAAUUGAACAACACGCGCAGGGCAGAGGUUCCGAUUAUCUUCUUCAACCGUGUACCCAAGGUUGGCAGCCAAACGUUCAUGGAGCUACUGCGUCGGUUGGCGGUGCGCAACGAUUACACCUUCCACCGGGAUGUCGUCCAGCGGCUGGAGGUGAUCCGGCUGUCACCCGAACGGCAACACGAACUUGCCGAAAUGGUGAUGGAUCUGCCGGUACCGUCCGUCUACGUCAAGCAUGUCUGCUACACGAAUUUCACCCGCUUCGGUCUACCGAUGCCGAUCUACGUCAAUAUGGUACGCGAUCCGGUCGAGCGUAUCAUCAGCUGGUACUACUAUGUGCGUGCGCCCUGGUACUACGUCGAGCGGAAGCAAGCGUUUCCCGAUCUACCACUGCCAGAUCCACGCUGGCUGAAGAAGGAUUUUGAAACGUGCGUCCUGCAGGGCGAUCCGGAGUGCACCUACUCGCAAAAUGCCGUCCACGAGGGCAUCGGAGACCAUCGUCGACAGACGCUGUUUUUCUGCGGACAUGGCGAAGAGUGUCUUCCCUUCAAUAGUGCUGGAGCGCUGGAACGCGCCAAAUAUGCCGUCGAAAGCCAGUACGCGGUGGUUGGCGUGCUCGAAGACCUUAACACCACGCUCACCGUGCUGGAGAAGUACGUACCGCGCUUCUUUACCGGUGCCAGCUCCGUCUACUUUAACGAGGUGAACGUACUGCAAAAGAUCAACAGAAACAGCUUCAAGCCACCGGUCAGCGAGGAGAUAAAGGAUCUUGUACGGCGAAACUUUACGAAGGAGAUCGAAUUCUACCAGUUCUGCAAGCAACGGCUCUACAAGCAGUACCUCGCCACGCAGCUACCACUCAAAUAAGUGUUCCUUUCUACGCGUAUUUAACGCACUAACCGGCGUUGAUCAUUCAAAGCGCGGACCGUAUGUAAUAUGAUAAGGAAAUGCAGGAAACUGAAAAUCCAUAAAACCCACAAACACACACACACACCAAUUCCCACAUCAUUAUUUAUGUAUAAACUAUUCAUCUAGCGUGUAGGAUCCACCACCAUGCCGUUAAAGUGUUUAGCCUCGAUUAGAGCCCGACCGUUGCGAAGAUCUGACCAUGGACGAUCGUUGCAUGUUUCAAUGGGCAAGCAACAUAACCGGUAUCUCUAAGUGCAACCGUCGGCGAUGCAUUGUUUUGUGUUGUAGAAGACGAGAAAAUGUGUAAAAUAAAUAUUAAAUAAAACAAAACGUUACAAACAAUUUUUGUUCUC